GGUGCUCUGUCAAAAAAGUUUUAUAAGUCAUUUUUGUAUCCUUUUAAAUCAUCACAAUGCAAAGAAAUACGGCCCUUUCUAUACUAUGCGAAGAUCUAUGCUCGCCCUGCACAAAUAUUGGAAGGCAACGCAAAUUAUUCUGCGAAAAUUACGCCAGAAAUUUCCAAAUAUUUUGAAGAGUGUUUCAGUGUUUCUUAUCCACUUGCAAAAUCAGGAGAAACAGCAGAUAUAAAUCACCAAGAAUUGUUUGAACUACCUAAUGUUGUAGGCAUUGAUGACAUCAUAACCCACAAUCCAGAAUCAACCAACCGUAACGAAGGACGAAAAUACUCAACAGAAGCUUCGACUUUGAUAUUCCCGUCAUACUCUGGGUAUCGUAACAUCGCUGGGUUCGGGACAGGGAUUUCCCGCCGAACCUCUGGGUCCUAUGGGGCCCCGACAGCAAGGGUGACCCCUAUUCAAGCAAUACCCACUAUUUCAACCCCAGAACCUGUUAGAAACGCGGCGCUCGAGUUUUUAGAGCGUCGAGCGUCGCCGAGAGUCACUCGCUACAGCUCGAUACUUACGCCAACGUUGCCAAGACGACAGGACGCCCACACGGGGGAGCUAAAGAGUGCUGUAGAGGACGACGACUUUUUCGGGUCGGAUUUGGAGUCUCUAGACAGGGAAAUUCCCCCUCAACUUACAAACGAUGAUUUAGCUUCAACAAGAUCUAUUUAUUCAACAGCACAAAUUCAACCCCUAACAACACUAGAAGAGCCGAAACUUUCACCCAGACUACGAAUUGCCAACAAAGUCAAUACUGUAACACAAACUUCUUAUAUUGAGGUUUACGAUGCAUGUGUUGGGACUCACAAUGAUGUUUAUUAUCGAUCAGAGGCCACCCAGGUUCAAGUCCCACUCAAGGAAGAUAAAAAGAAAACUUGUGAACUCUCAAUUGGCACUGAUCCAGAGCCAAGGAUGGUAAAGAAAGCAACAACAACCAUAUCCUCUACAACUGCAUCGCAAAGUGAAGCCGCAGAAACUACUCCAACUACUAAUAAUCAGUCAUCUGAAACUAAGGAUACAUAUAUUAUGUUUUAUCCCCAGCUAAUAGAUGCAUGCGUGGGUACGGACAACGACGACUUCUUCAGUAAACCUGUCAGUAGAGGGAGUCAGAGCACACAGAAAGAACGGAAAAGAAAAAAGAAGUUGACUUGUAGUAUGGGGGUGGGGACUGAAGGCAUUACAAGAGCAAGAACACCAGAGAUAGCAAGAAAAAAGAAAACACCAAAGAUAAUCACAAACGCAGUGGAGGACCCCCCUCCUCCCAAGAUGUCCCGUUCUCCCUCCCCUGCUCCCAGAUCCUCCUCAUCACUAAGCAACCGCAUCAAGGAGCCUCCGGACCCCAUUAUUGAAACUUUACACAACGCUUUCUUUAGAUUUGCAAGGUAUGGUGAAGUAAACAGUGAGGGACGGGAGAUGAACAACAAGAACUGGGCCAAGUUAUGCAGGGAUUGCGACUUUAUUGAUAAUAAGAACGUAUUGGUCGGUGAUAUUGACGUGAUCUUCUCAAGGCAUAAGCCAAAGGGGACACGGUUGGUUGAUUUUGAGAUGUUUAUGAAUUGUUUAAAUGAAAUUGCGGACCGCGUCAUCGGGUCGAAAGUGAAAGACGAGAAGUUACGACAGGAAAUUAUUUAUAACCGAGUGAUCGGAAAGGCACCAGAAUACGUGGGGAUUACGGGUGUUUCAAAGACAGGAAACGUUGAUAGGAUGACAGACCAUACGUUGUACCCGGUCUCACAUAAAAUGAGGUUUGAUGAGGAGGGGCGUGGCUUGGGCGUUGACGAUAAGUUUGACGUACCAGACACAAUGAUGGGAUAUGUCAACGGCUACACAGGAAGAAACCAAUACGACUUGAAGAUGCAAAAUUCAAGUAUCAGGCCACGUACAAGUUCAAAUGGUAGCACUACUAAGCGUCCCGUGUCUAGUUCAUCCACUUAUAGAACUCAUACACCAGUUAUUUAAGCUGGAUUUUGUAAAAAUUAUGGACUCUUGCUACUAAAGCAUAUGCAGCAUCCGCGGAUUAUUUUAAUUGGAUUUCUGCACUUGUAUUUUUUGGGUAUUUUGUUCUGUUGCAACGUGAUUUGUCCAACAAUAUAAGUUCUAGAUCAAAUUCACAAAACAUAUUUUAGUUAAUUGUUUUAUAAGUUUAGGAGCCGUAUUUUUUAUUUGCUAUUUUUACUCAAGUAGUUUUAUUCACCUUCUGUUUGAACUGUCAUUUUGUUGUUAAUUUUUUUCUCUUUUUUGAAUAAUUUAUAUUUUUCAUUGCAGAAAUUCAACUUGCUACUCCAUAUGUAUUAUUUCCUAUUUAAGUUAAUUUCUGUUUACUCGUGUUUUGAGCAAAGUACAAAUAUCCUUCACUUAAAUACAAUAAAACAAGCUUUAU